UCAGUGUUUGAAGAGAACUGUCGGUAGAUCAGACCACCGCCGUCAGAAAACUCCACUACACUUAGAUCACCGAUCUAAGCAGUGGCCCCGUUAAUCACUUGUUUCAAACAAUACCCUCACAAGUCAUGACCUUCAUCCGGUAACUUCUGUACUCAAGACUGAGCUGGAGAUACAACGUACUGUAAAAAUGGUCAGAACCAUGCUGCUCUGUCUAACCGUCGUAGUGUUGGCAACACUGAGCGAAGUUUCUGGACACUCGUAUCACCUGGGCAACUGCCCCAAUGUUGACUCACAGGAGAACUUCGAUAUGAACAGGUUCCUGGGAAAGUGGUAUGUGAUCCAGAAGACUUCCACGGGGAGCAAAUGCCUCACCAACAACUACACCAAGACAAACGAGACAGGAAAGUACUUGAUACAGCAAGUAAGUGAGCACCUGAUCCUUGGGCUCACAAGUCUCAACCACGAGUACACGUACGAGGGCGUCAUCACGGUGUCCGAUUCGUCCGAUCCCGCCAGGAUGACUGUGAGAUUCCCUCUCAGUCUGGCAGGUAGCGCAUCCUAUAUCGUAUUUAUGACAGACUAUGACAACUUUGCUGGAGUGUUCACUUGCCAGAAGUUGGCUUUUGCCCAUCGUCAGUCAGCCUCCAUUCUUUCGCGGUCCCCCAACCUGGACAAGAUAUACGUGGACAAGAUCCGAAAUCGCCUUCGAGGGUACGGAGUCGACCCAUACGACCUGAGCAUCAUUGAACACACCUGCAGCCCACCAAACGAAGACACGCUGGACAUCAAUAUCAACCCCACGACGUUUACCGCGGGCAGCAUCGCUGGCGUCGUGAGGAAAGCAGGCGAGAAGCUUGGGGAUGGCAUUGAGGUCGUUGCCGACGGUGCCUCCAGCAUCUACAAUCGCUUCCAUGGUAGUGGUAGCAGCGCAAGUGUGAGGAGAGACCGAGAGGAAGUCAGCAACGACCGUCACAGUCCCAGCAACGACGUAGAGUGGUUGCCCUGAGCGACCCUGUUUGUCGGUGUAUAAGACGCGCCAUUGUUCAAAAAGCAAAUACAAGCUUUCCCUUCCCAUCCGCGGAAGUUCCGCAGAAACCGCGCGACCGACAAAAUCGAUGUUCGAAAGACAAAGUCUGUAUGAGAAAGAGAGUGUCACGCGAAAAGCGGACGCUAUUACCACUCACCGACGCCUAAGUUGUCUGUUCCUUGACUAGACACAAGAAAUAUGUAAUAACAUAUGAAACAAUAAUAACCCUACAUGUUCACAUUCCAUAAUAAUUAAAACAAGUCAUCGGCUGUAUACAAGACAUUAAAUUACUGGGGUUUGAAUAAAGUACAUAAUCAAAACAACAUUAACGGUGAUGGUAAUGGUUAUCUUCCUGCCUGCCUCAUAGAUUUUUUCCAUUCGCAUAAAAAUUAAAAACUGCAGACGCACAAAAUCAAAUACAGCAGUUCGAAAAACUGGAUGCAAACGGAUAACAGCGGUUGGCAAGAGACAGCUGUACUCAAUGUGUUAAUCAUACUCCUUAGGUGUAAAAGAAGAAGGGAGGUUUAGAAGGACAAAGUGCAUCUUAUACGAACACGAGCACGGUUUUUGUUUGAAACUAAAGACAUUUGAAACAAUACAUGAUACUCUGUGUUAUAACACACUUCCUGAUGUCGUUCAAUUGAAAGUUUAUAAAUACCAAUUUAUUUCUAGAGUUUAGUUUCAUAUUUUUUUAUCAGAUGUAUAGGGCGAAAACCAGGAAUUGUAAGUUCUGAUAAGAUAGGUAGAAGAUGUGUUAUAUUUUUAAAUUAACUGAGCUUGAAACCGCCAGCACUGGGUCAGAACAUGAAUACACGUGGACAAUGUUUGUAUUUUAAUUAAUAAAACAUUUACGAUCAAUAAGAAAA